GAGAAAAUGAAAUAUCUUCCACAAUAUAAUUUCCGAACUCUUGAACUGAUUUUAAAUUUCAAUCCAAAACUCUAUAGUAUAUUGGCAAUCAUCAAUUCACUCGGAAAUGCAACGACUAAGGACUAACUAACCCAAAAAAAGUUUCAAAUUUUCUCACACAAGGUCAUCCUAAGUUGACAGAGCAAGUGAAGCAAAACCGGACCUGAACUUGCAGUAUCAUACCGGAAAGAUGGUAGGCACUUUUUUGGCUCGCUACUGCACUGUAUUGUUACAUAGUGACCACAGAAACUACAGGCCUCCAGCUGUAAAAGCUGAGAAUGGAUCAUAACUAGGGAGGAAAAAUAUACUGAGAUGCGGGUACUAUUUGAACAUCUUCAAAGGCAUUCAAUAUAAUGCUGCAUGCCAUCAUCCCAAAAUGUAAUUGCAUGAGACCAUUAAAUUUCUGCUAGGCAUUCAUCCACUCUGCAACGGAGUAAUUAAGUACAUUCAUCAACUGCCUCCACCCUGCAGUGUUGAGCAGAUUUGCAGUAGUCUCUCCAAUUUGAAGGUCAAGGUACCUCCAACAAGAAAAUGUAUUUGCUCCAAUUACCAUAGCAACUUGUGAGAUAUUCUUUGAUCUAAUCAUCUCUGUCGACGUGCAGGUGAUCUGGAUCUUGACCUCCUUCCCCUGCCAAAUAAUUACAAUAAGUUAAACUUGAUAACUUGGAAAGUAAAAGGCUUAGAAACUACAUCCUUUCACCUGAGUUGCAUUUGGUUAUGAUAAUGGGUGAGAAUGCCUCAAAAACAUUAUCACAAUCUAAUUUUAUUGACCGCAUUCUAACAUACCUGGUGCUAGUAGUAUCAAGAGAAGAGUAAGGAGAAUGCCUGCGCUGAGAAUGCUUGCUAUGUGGUGACCGCGAAACUUGUCUAAAAACAAAAACAUCCAUCAUACUGACUUGGUAAGUUCAAUAUACACAAGUUGAGAGAAUUGCUCAGCCUUGUACAGAGUUUGACUUAAAAGAACUAAUUGACUUAUAGCACAAGCAAUAUUUCUUUGUC